AUGAGUUCGUUCAUUCGCCCUCCUCCUGGUUUGCCGCCCCCACCUCCAGGCAUGCCACCACCGCCAGGAUUUCCACAGGCGUCCACCUCAAAGGUGCCUCCCGAAGUCCUUGCACAAAAGUCGCAGAAAUGGGUGUCCAUGCAGAAGAAGCGCUAUGGCGAAAAGCGCAAAGGAGGAUACGUUGAUAUGGGAAAACAGGAUUUGCCUCCGGAGCACGUCCGUAAAAUUAUCAAGGACCACGGUGACAUGAGCAACCGCAAGUUUCGCAAUGAUAAGCGUGUCCACCUCGGCGCCUUGAAAUACGUCCCUCACGCUGUAAUGAAGCUGCUUGAAAACAUUCCAUACCCUUGGGAGCAGGUUCGCGAGGUGCCCGUCCUUUAUCAUAUCACUGGCGCAAUCACUUUCGUCAAUGAAAUUCCCCGCAUUAUCGAACCUGUUUAUCAUGCCCAAUGGAGUUCCAUGUGGCUAGCCAUGCGUCGAGAGAAGCGUGAUCGUAGACAUUUCAAGCGUAUGCGAUUCCCACCUUUUGAUGAUGAAGAGCCACCGCUGGAUUAUGGUGACAACGUACUGGAUGUUGAACCUCUUGAAGCCAUUCAGCUGGAGCUCGAUUCAGAGGAGGAUUCUGCCAUUAUUGAUUGGUUCUACGACCCAAAGCCGCUAGUGGACACACCUGCAGUCAAUGGUCCCUCAUAUCGUUAUUGGCAACUCACACUACCUGUCAUGGCGAAUUUAUAUCGUCUUGGGAGAACCCUGUUGUCAGACCAACCUGAUAGCAACGCGAGCUAUCUUUUCGACAAGAAAUCCUUCUUCACUGCAAAAGCUCUCAACUUGGCAAUUCCUGGAGGGCCGAAAUUUGAGCCAUUAUACCGUGACAUGGAUGCUUUCGACGAAGAUUGGAAUGAGUUCAAUGAUGUCAAUAAAGUUAUCAUUCGUCAACAAAUCCGCACCGAGUACAAGGUUGCCUUCCCGCAUCUCUAUAACUCUCUCCCGCGCUCUGUUCACCUCUCUCCGUAUCAUGCGCCCAAGAAUGUUUAUAUUCGCACUGAUGAUCCCGACCUGCCCGCCUUCUAUUUUGACCCUCUCAUCAACCCUAUUUCUCUACGCGGCGCUACUCCCAAGAAUGCACCGCUCGUCUCUCAUGAGGACUCUAUCUUCGGUCCGAACGGUGCUGAUGACGACAACUUUGAGCUGCCCGAUGAUGUACAGCCAUUCCUUGAAGACAAGCCCCUCGAAAACGACCUCACUGCUGAUGGCAUUGCUUUAUGGUGGGCGCCUGAGCCUUAUAAUCGUCGCUCCGGUCGCAUGCGUCGUGCGCAGGACAUACCUUUGGUGAAGAACUGGUAUUUGGAGCACUGUCCUCCCAACCAGCCAGUCAAAGUUCGCGUAUCGUACCAGAAGUUGCUCAAGUGCUUCGUCCUCAACGAGCUCAAGAGUCGACCUGAGAAGGCGAUGACUAAAAAGAAUCUCUUCCGGCAGUUGAAGGCGACGAAGUUCUUCCAGACGACAAAGCUUGACUGGGUGGAAGCCGGUUUGCAGGUGUGCAGACAAGGGUAUAACAUGCUUAACCUCCUUAUUCACAGAAAGAACUUGAACUACUUGCAUCUCGACUAUAACAUGAACUUGAAGCCAGUGAAGACGCUUACUACGAAGGAACGCAAAAAGUCUCGCUUCGGAAACGCCUUCCAUUUGUGUCGCGAGAUUCUGCGUCUUACAAAGCUUGUCGUUGAUGCCCAUGUUCAGUUCCGCCUUGGUAAUGUUGAUGCUUUCCAGCUCGCAGACGCGCUGCAGUAUAUCUUUGCACACAUUGGGGCACUGACUGGUAUGUAUCGGUACAAGUACAAGCUCAUGAGACAAGUCCGCAUGACAAAAGAUCUCAAGCACUUGAUCUAUUAUCGCUUUAAUACUGGCCCUGUCGGCAAGGGUCCUGGAAACGGCUUCUGGGCUCCUGGCUGGCGUGUCUGGCUUUUCUUCAUGCGAGGCAUUGUACCGCUACUCGAGCGCUGGCUCGGUAACCUCCUCGCGCGCCAGUUUGAGGGACGCAACAGCAAGGGCAUCGCAAAGACUGUGACAAAGCAACGUGUCGAGUCUCACUACGACCUUGAGUUACGUGCGGCUGUCAUGCAUGACAUUCUCGACAUGAUGCCCGAGUCCAUCAAACAGAACAAGUCGAAGACGAUUCUGCAGCAUCUCUCUGAGGCGUGGCGUUGCUGGAAAGCGAACAUCCCAUGGAAAGUCCCUGGAAUGCCCACUGCGAUUGAGAACAUUAUCCUACGAUACAUCAAGAGCAAGGCUGAUUGGUGGUGCUCGGUUGCACACUAUAAUCGGGAGCGUAUCCGUCGGGGUGCUACGGUUGAUAAGGCGGUAGUGAAGAAAAACCUGGGUCGGCUGACUCGUCUGUACUUGAAAGCAGAGCAGGAGAGGCAGCAUGGGUAUUUGAAGGAUGGGCCGUAUAUCAGUGCGGAGGAGGCUGUUGCAAUUUACACAGCGACUGUUCACUGGCUAGAGAGCCGCAAAUUUGCUCCUAUACCAUUCCCUCCUCUGUCGUACAAGCACGACACGAAGCUACUUGUACUUGCACUUGAAAAGUUGAAGGAGGCUUACUCGGUCAAGGGUCGCCUUAACCAGUCGCAGCGUGAAGAGCUUGCCCUCAUUGAGCAGGCGUAUGACAAUCCGCACGAAUGUCUAUCGCGCAUCAAGCGACUGCUUCUCACCCAGCGUGCAUUCAAGGAGGCUGGUAUUGAGUUCUUUGACACCUACGACAAACUCAUUCCGUGCUACGACAUUGAGCCCGUUGAGAAGAUUACAGACGCCUAUCUUGAUCAAUUCCUGUUCUUCGAGGCCGAUAAAAGAGGGUUGUUCCCUGCCUGGAUAAAACCUGCCGACACGGAGCCACCGCCGUUGCUUGUGUACAAGUGGUGCCAGGGCAUUAACAACUUGACAGACAUCUGGGAGACGAGUGAGGGCGAGUGCAACGUGAUGAUGGAGACCGUCUUCUCCAAGGUGUACGAGAAGAUCGACCUGACCCUGCUGAACCGUCUUCUCCGGCUCAUUCUUGAUCACAACUUGGCAGAUUACAUCACUGCAAAGAACAACACGGUACUGACCUACAAGGACAUGGCGCACACGAAUGCAUUCGGUCUCAUCCGUGGCCUUCAAUUCUCUGCCUUCGUCUUCCAGUACUAUGGUCUCGUCCUUGAUCUCCUCAUUCUUGGCUUGCAGCGAGCUAGCGAGAUGGCUGGUCCUCCACAGAUGCCUAACAACUUUUUGCAGUACCGUGACUCGGCGACAGAGACUCGGCACCCCAUCCGCUUAUACUCCCGUUACGUUGAUCGCUUGCACAUCCUCUUCCGCUUCAGCGCUGAUGAGGCAAGGGACCUGAUCCAACGCUAUCUUAGUGCCAACCCUGACCCGACCAACAACAACGUCAUCGGGUACAACAACAAGCGCUGCUGGCCUCGUGAUUGUCGUAUGCGUCUUAUCAAACAUGAUGUCAAUCUCGGAAGAGCGGUCUUCUGGAACGUUAAGAACAGCCUCCCGCGCUCACUCACCACCAUCGAGUGGGAGGACACCUUUGUCAGCGUUUACUCGAAAGACAACCCACAGUUGUUGUUCUCGAUGUGUGGCUUCGAGGUUCGUAUCUUGCCCAAGAUUAGGACGAUGGGUGGCGAGCAGUUCUCGUUGAAGGACGCUGUGUGGAAUCUCACCAACGAGCAGACCAAGGAGAGAACUGCGCAGGCGUUCCUCCGUGUUUCUGAUGAUGGUGUCCAGCAAUUCAACAACCGUAUCCGUCAGGUCCUCAUGAGCUCCGGUUCCACCACUUUCUCGAAGAUCGUCAACAAGUGGAACACUGCGCUGAUCGGUUUGAUGACCUACUACCGUGAGGCCGUCAUCCACACAAACGAGCUCUUAGAUUCUCUUGUCAAGGCAGAGAACAAGAUCCAAACUCGUGUCAAGAUCGGCUUGAACAGUAAGAUGCCGUCUCGUUUCCCUCCUGUCGUCUUCUAUACACCGAAGGAGCUUGGUGGCCUUGGAAUGCUUUCGAUGGGUCACGUCCUUAUCCCGCAGAGUGACUUGCGAUGGUCCAAGCAAACUGAUGUUGGAGUCACACAUUUCCGUGCUGGUAUGACCCACGAGGAGGACCAGUUGAUUCCGAACUUGUACAGAUACCUUCAGCCAUGGGAGGCAGAAUUUUUGGAUUCGGCUCGUGUUUGGUCUGAAUACUCCAUGAAGCGGAAGGAGGCCAAUGCCCAGAACCGUCGCCUCACCCUCGAAGAUCUUGAAGAUAGCUGGGAUCGCGGUAUUCCUCGCAUCAACACCCUCUUCCAAAAGGAUCGUCACACAUUGGCAUAUGACCGAGGUUGGCGUGUGCGUACGGAUUGGAAGCAGUACCAGUUGCUCAAACACAACCCCUUCUGGUGGACAUCUCAGCGCCAUGACGGAAAGCUCUGGCAACUGAACAACUACCGUGUUGAUGUCAUUGCUGCACUGGGUGGUGUUGAGGGUAUCUUGGAGCACACGCUCUUCAAAGGAACUUACUUCCCCACCUGGGAGGGUCUCUUCUGGGAGAAAGCGUCUGGAUUCGAAGAGUCUAUGCGAUACAAGAAGCUUACCAACGCUCAGAGGUCAGGUCUUAACCAGAUCCCUAACCGUCGGUUCACACUUUGGUGGAGUCCGACCAUCAACCGCGCCAACGUGUAUGUCGGUUUCCAGGUCCAGCUUGACCUGACGGGUAUUUUCAUGCACGGCAAGAUCCCCACCCUUAAGAUCUCGCUGAUUCAGAUCUUCCGUGCGCACUUGUGGCAGAAGAUUCACGAAAGUGUAGUCAUGGACUUGUGUCAGGUCUUCGAUCAAGAGCUAGAGCCUCUCCAGAUCGAGACAGUACAAAAGGAGACUAUUCACCCUCGUAAGAGUUAUAAGAUGAAUUCGUCUUGCGCCGAUAUCUUGCUGUUCUCGGCCUACAAGUGGAACAUCUCUCGGCCUUCGCUGGUUACAGACAACAAGGACGUUUUGGAUGGCACAACCAGCAACAAGUACUGGAUCGACGUUCAGCUUCGUUGGGGCGACUUCGACACCCAUGAUAUCGAGCGGUAUACUCGUGCCAAAUUCUUGGACUACGUGUCUGACUCUAUGAGUAUCUACCCCUCGCCAACUGGUGUUAUGAUCGGCAUGGAUCUAGCCUAUAACCUGUGGUCUGCGUACGGCAACUGGUUCCCCGGUAUGAAGCCUCUGAUCCAGCAGGCCAUGGCCAAGAUCAUGAAGGCCAACCCGGCAUGCCACGUCUUGCGCGAGCGUAUUCGCAAGGGUCUCCAGUUGUACUCUUCUGAGCCUACAGAGCCUUACCUCAACAGCCAGAACUACUCGGAACUAUUCUCGAACCAGAUCAUUUGGUUCGUUGACGACACUAACGUAUAUCGUGUUACUAUCCACAAGACAUUCGAGGGCAACUUGACGACUAAACCGAUUAACGGUGCUAUCUUCAUCUUCAAUCCACGUUCUGGACAGUUGUUCCUGAAGAUCAUUCACACCAGUGUCUGGGCUGGUCAGAAGCGUCUUGGUCAACUCGCGAAGUGGAAGACUGCCGAAGAAGUGGCUGCAUUAGUUCGUUCACUGCCUGUCGAAGAACAGCCGAAGCAGGUCAUCGUCACUCGCAAGGGCAUGUUGGACCCUCUCGAGGUUCACUUGCUUGAUUUCCCGAAUAUCGUUAUCAAGGGAAGUGAGUUGCAAUUGCCCUUCCAGGCUUGCAUGAAGAUGGAGAAGUUUGGUGACUUGAUCUUACGUGCUACACAACCUCAAAUGGUCCUGUUCAGCUUGUACGACGACUGGCUCAAGUCGGUGUCCAGCUACACCGCCUUCUCUCGUCUUAUCCUCCUCCUUCGUGGCUUGCACGUCAACAACGAGAAGGCAAAGAUUAUUUUGCACCCGGACAAGUCAACCAUUACAGAGCCACACUUCGUCUGGCCCACUCUUACAGAUGAUGAAUGGAUCAAGGUUGAGGUCGCAAUGAAGGAUCUUAUCUUGGCAGAUUUCGGCAAGCGGAACAGCGUCAACAUUGCAUCCUUGACUGCCAGUGAGAUUCGUGACAUCAUUCUUGGUCAAGAGAUUGCCGCUCCCUCCGUACAGCGCCAGCAGAUGGCUGAGCUCGAGAAGAGUAGCGAGGCGCAGGGUCAAGUCACCGCUGUGCAGACUCAGACUACCAACGUUCACGGUGAUACGAUUCAGACCGUCACGACGACCAACUACGAACAGCAGGUGUUUAGCAGCAAAUCUGAUUGGCGUGUCCGUGCCAUCUCUGCCACGCAUCUUCCCCUCCGUCUGCAACAUAUCUAUGUCUCCAAUGAUGAUGUCAAGGAUGACGCUGCUUCGUACACCUAUGUGUUGCCGAAGAAUAUCUUGCGGGCAUUCAUUACUGCGGCAGAUCUUCGCACUCAGGUUGCGGCCUUCUUGUACGGUGUAUCGCCGCCAGACAACAAGCAGGUCAAGGAGAUCAAGGCAGUUGUAUGGGUACCUCAGCGUGGAAGCAACAAUAGCGUUGAGUUGCCCAACCAGUUGCCGAAGGACGACUUCCUCCUCAAGGAUCUCGAACCUCUCGGGUGGAUCAAGACGCAAGCGCUUGAGCUCAACCAUCUCUCUCCUACAGACGUCACCACCCAAGCCAAAUUGAUGGCUAACCACCCAGAGUGGAGCUCUUCAUCAAUCUGUAUCGCUGCUUCCUUCACUCCUGGUUCAGUCUCGCUGUCCGCCCAUCAGCUGACGGUGCCUGGCUUCGAGUGGGGCCGCAAGAACGUGGAUAAUUCUGCCAACCCACCUGGCUUCAACCCUAACAUGUCGGAGCGGGUGCAGCUCCUGUUGUCUGACCGUAUUCUUGGGAUGACACUCGUGCCCGAAGGCAAAGUCUGGAACUACGGGAUUGGUCUUACCCAAUUGUGGUCGGCCAACUUGCCAUUUGCUGUAACACUAGACACGCCAUUGUUGUUCUGGGCAGAGGAUCACCGGCCCGCUGCGUUCUUGACGUUUGCGAACCUCGAGCAAGGGGAUGAUAGUGCUGACGUUGAAAACAGUUUCGCUUGA